CUCCAGAAACUAUCUCGUUACCAUGGAUGACGGUCGCGAAAGGCUCAUAAACCAUGCUUCGGCGACCCGCAGACGUCCUACCUGGCACAUCAUAGUCGUAAUCAACACCAUAUUUGCUAGUCUGUUACUGAUUGUAUAUCUUGCGUUUCUGAUAUGGAUAUACAACAAUCUCCAUGUUGAACAUGGCGUGGCAGAGGUGUUCAGUGGGAGCUGUUUCCGAGCCUCACAGACAGCAGCAUCUGCUCAUUUCGCUACAAGUGCUUUUGCGGUCCUGCUCUUUGCUGCAGGCUCACAUGCCGUUCAACUCAUGCUCUCGCCGACUAGGAGCGAAGUUGAAAAUGCUCACGCGCGAGACCGAUGGGUACACAUAGGUGUCGGUGGACUCAGAAACACCAGAUGGAUACCAAAACGUAGAUUGAUCAGGGCGAUCUUGCUAACAGCAGCCUCUGUACUGCUUCCUAUUCUGCCUCUGUUCGCAUUGUCUCAUGCUGAUGUCUGGGAAAGUCACAAUUCCAUAGUCUUCACAACUUUGGCAACAACAGACAUAACAGCUGGUCUCGUAACCAGCAACUAUCUCAAAGGAUCUCGACUCGAUGCAGCAACGGAGCAAUCGAUGUUUCUUGCAAAAGCGGAACAGUACCAUAACCUCUCAAUAUCGUCUAAAGCAGCGCUUACCACGAUUCGUUACGACGCUCUACUGGAAGAAAUUCGAGCCAACUUGACAGAUCUAGUUCGCCUAUCGCCCGCGGAAUGCCGCAGCGUAUACUCGUCCUCACGCGUACCCUCCGGGUUCUCCAAUGUAUUACUCAUAAGUGAGUCCAACAUCAGCAACACAUUGGACGGUUUCGUGGACGUCGAGCUAUAUUACCCUGAGGUAACUGCUGCUCCCAAGCACCAAGGCACACAUAUCAUCAACUGGUUCAACAUGAAUGGCACUGCCUCCAUUUUUCACACCCAUAACCACUGUAUCGAUACGGAUUUUGACUUCGGGAAUGGCGAUAUCUGGAACGUCCCUGUAUGGGAUUAUUAUUGCACCGCGAUCUCAUAUCCUGUCGAGUACUGUCUUGCUGAGAAUUUCGAGCCAGAUUGUGCGACUGUCAACGAUGCUGUAGCUAGCUUUUUGGGGCAGCCGGACUCUUCGACCUUGAGCGAUGUUAUGGUGGCCAUUCCCGCGGUCCACUCACCGAUGAGUAGAUUCGACAAGUUUGGCUUCCGCCGGUCUGAGAAAGACAUUGCCUUGUGGAAACGCAAAUGGCCAGUCUGGCGAGCAGCAGUUGACACGGAAACCUGUGCCUUCUUCAUCAAUUGCCUCUUCCUUGCCUUUUUCGCCAUCUCGAUCGCGGUCCUCAUUGUCUACAACAAUGACGAGCUAUCGAGGUACCAGCCAGUUACACUACAAACUCCGACGUCCACAAGAGGGUUGCUUGCUAAUCUGCUUGGUCUCGGCUCCAUACACAUGGCAAUCUCGGUGACAUAUCUGUUCUACAAUCAUCUCUGGUCGCGUAUGCUUGCCGCCGCCGAACUAAACACCUUCAUCAAACUUCGAGCACCUCUGCGCGUGACUCUGCCCGCACCAGGUGCUCGGAGUACAUACUAUCUCAACAUAAAACCUCAAUUCUCUGCAGUUCUCAUCAUUGCUUUGACCCUGGUCCAUUUCUUCACCACCAGAGCUCUCAAUGUGGUCGCUAUACAAACUUACGAUGUCAUGGGUCGAUACUCGCAUCAACGCAUUACCUAUGGCAUCUCAACAUCCUCGGCGAUCCUGGCUCUGCUGUUUGGUUUUGCAAUGUUGUGCGCUCUGGUCUUUGGCUUGGAGAAGAAGCUUUAUGACAGAAUGUCUGUGUUGGGGACUUGUUCGAUGGCCAUCUCGGCGGCUUGCCAUGCCGACGACAUUGUGAUGUCCUUGCGACCGGUGACAUAUGGAAAGAAUGCAAGGAUGGGUAGGAUUGGGUUUUUGAGUCGCGAAAGC